AUGACGUUUAGAGCUUGUGAGGAGGCUUUGGGUGUUUUUCAACUUCUCCUCAUAUCGGAAGAAGAUGAUGGGAAAGUGAUUGAACUAUUGUCUAAACCCGAAUGCAUGAAGUCAAUGGCUAUUAUUCUUCAAAGAGGAAGUAAAGAUGCUAGGGUUUACACGAUAUCAAUAUUUAAAAAGCUAGCAGAAAACUCAAAUUUCAACUGGAAUGUUAUUGUAAACGAUCAAGGUAUUAGUAUGUUCAAAUCCAUAUUGGAGCUUGCAUCGGAUGAGAUUUCAACAAAGGCAAGUUCAUCUGCUUUGCAAGUCUUGAUAAAGAUCUUAGAUUCAUCAAAGAAAAGCCGAUCAAAAGCCAUAGAAGCUGGUGCCAUGUGUACCCUAAUAGAGCUCCUACCAGACUCUAAUCGAUCCAAGUGUGAGAAAAUAUUGCAAAUAAUCAAACUAUUGUGUGAAUGCGCGGAUGGAAGGGUGGCAUUCAUUGAACACCGUCUUGGCAUUGGUGCAAUAUCAAAGAAACUGUUCAAUAUAUCGGAGAUGGCUUCAAAGAUUUGCGUGAAGAUCUUCUCGUUGAUAUGCAGUUUUCAUCCAACUGAGAAGGUUUUGGAGGAGAUGAUGAUCUAUGGAGCAGUGAAGAAGCUCGUGGUGAUGUUGCAUAUGAGCGGACCAUCGGCGACCAGAAACAAAGUGUUGGAUAUGCUCAAAAAGCACGGUAGCUUUUGGAGUCGAUACCCUUGUUUUCCUGGAGAAUUGAAGGAAUAUUUGGGUUUAGAUAAUCGUCGUUAG